UCCUGUGGAAGAUCUCUGAACUACACUAGCAGAGCUAGCUGUUCUCCUAUGGCGAUGCUCUAUCGGAACUCAACCUUCUUCGUCCUUGCUGCUCUAUUGCAGAUUCUUCACUUCGCAACUUCGCAGUCAUUCCUCGGCGUGAACUACGGCCAAGUCGCCGACAACCUGCCCCCGCCAUCGUCGACCGCGAACCUGCUCCAGUCCACCUCGUUUAGCAAGGUCAGAUUGUACGGAGCCGAUCCGGCGAUCAUAAAAGCCUUAGCAAACACCGGCAUAGACAUCGUAGUUGGCACAUCGAACGGCGACAUCGCAAACUUGGCCUCCGAUCCUAACGCGGCACAGCAGUGGAUCAACUCCAAUGUCAUCCCCUUCUACCCGGCCAGCAACAUCAUCCUCAUCACCGUCGGUAACGAAGUGAUGAGCUCCAGCGACAACAACCUCAUGUCGCAGCUAACGCCGGCGAUGCAGAAUCUCCAAAAUGCCCUCAAUUCUGCAUCUGUGGCCGGCAAGAUCAAGGUCUCCACAGUCCACUCCAUGGCCGUUCUCAGUCAAUCCGAUCCACCGUCCUCAGGAAUGUUCAAUCCUCAGUACAUCAGCACCAUGAAAGGGUUGCUGGGGUUUCUCAAUGCAACCGGUUCCCCCUUCACCAUUAAUCCUUACCCUUUCUUUGCGUAUCAAAGCGAUCCCAGGCCUGAAACUCUGGCCUUCUGUCUUUUCCAACCGAACUCGGGGCGAGUUGACUCGGGGAACAACAUCAAGUACACGAAUAUGUUUGAUGCUCAGGUUGAUGCUAUCCGAUCUGCUUUGAACUCUAUUGGCUUCAACGGAGUGGAGAUUGUGGUGGCUGAAACAGGGUGGCCAUACAAUGGGGAUAGCAAUGAGGUGGGCCCUAGUGUGGAUAAUGCUAAGGCUUACAAUGGGAAUUUGAUUGCACACCUCAGAUCAGGGGUUGGGACUCCACUGAUGCCUAAUAAAUCAGUUGAUACUUACAUCUUUGCUCUGUAUGAUGAGGAUUUGAAACCUGGGCCGACUUCGGAGCGGUCUUUUGGGCUUUUCAAGCCUGAUCUUACCAUGACGUACGAUGUUGGUCUCACCAAGAGCAGCCAGACUCCAGCAACACCAACAACUCCUGUGACUCCAGCCCCCAAAGCAAAGACAGCGGGUUGGUGUGUACCCAAUUCAGGCGUUUCUGAUGCCCAAUUGCAGACUGAUCUUGAUUAUGCUUGCGGCCAAGGGAUUGACUGUAGUCCAAUCCAACCAGGUGGUGCCUGUUACGAGCCAAAUACUGUAGCUUCACAUGCAGCUUAUGCCAUGAAUCUCCUAUACCAAACUGCUGGCCGGAAUCCCUGGAACUGCGAUUUUUCACAAACUGCAACAGUCACAUCCACCAACCCUAGUUAUAAUACUUGCAUAUAUCCUGGUGGAAGUACUUGAAAAGCAGAGGAACUUUAUUCCAUUGUUACAGAAUAGAAUAAAGAUUAGUGUUUUGGUGAUAUUAGGGUUCUUAUUCUUAGCAUGGUCAGUGGUAAGGUCUC